AUGAAGGAUAAAGAAGCCAUGUCUAGCUCCAACUACCUUGAGAAUGUCUCAGAUCUGGAUGUGCAUGGGAAAAGCACCCACAUACCACUCUGGCAAUCAGUCAAGAAAUUCCCCCGGAUUGUGGGCUAUUGUCUCGCAUUGAGCUCGGCUAUUCUACUCUACGGAUAUGACCUGGUCAUCGUGGGAACGGUGGCUGCAAUGCCCCAAUUCCAACAUGUUUUCGGACAGGAACUGGAUGGUAAAUACAUCAUCCCCUCAAUGUGGCUUUCUCUUUGGAACGUGUCCAGCUGCAUCGGCUUGAUGUUCGGCUCUAUCCUCGGUGGAUACUAUCAAGAUCGACGUGGGCGCCGCCUCACACUCGCCAUCGGCAGUUUCCUCUCUACCAUCGCGGUCGCAAUAUGCUAUAUCUCCGAUCUGCCCGACGGAAUGGAAACUCGCCGAGGGGUGUUCUUCGCGGGGAAGCUCUUCCAGGGUAUUUGUAUCGGCAUUCUUCUGUGCGUUACACAGACAUACAUGUCCGAGGUGCUCCCUGUUAUCCUCCGAGGGCCGAUUAUUGCAUUUUACCCGAUCUUCACUCUUCUCGGACAACUAGUUGGCUCGAUCGUGGUUUACACAUCGCUUAAGCACACGGGUGCACAGUCCUAUCGCAUUUGCUUUGCAUCGCAGUGGCCAUUCUCGGUGAUCCCGUUCGCUUUGGCAUGGUUUCUGCCCGAGAGUCCAACCUGGCUGAUGAGACAAGGGAGGAUGGAAGAUGCUCUGAGGGAGCAGAAAAGGCUCGAUACGCCGCAAACUGACUCGCGGGCAGUGAUCGACGAAUUGCACGUCUCCAUCCUGGCUGAAGACGAGGACAGCGCGACUCAUACAUAUGCGGAUUGUUUCAAAGGAGUGAAUACUCGUCGCACAUUGAUUGUGGCUUUCGCCAACAUUAUUCCUCAGAUGUUCGGAUUGCAGUUACUGGCUAGUGCCUCGUACUUUAUGCAGGUCGUGGGUAUGAGCUCAUCGAACAGCUUGAUAUUCUUGAUUCUGGGCAUUGGAUUAGGCUUGAUUGCGAAUGUUGUCAGUCUAUGGGCAUUGAAUGCACUAGGAAGGAGAUUCCUCAUUAUAUUAACCCUGGGUAUCGUCAUGGUUCUGUGGUUCGCGAUGGGAAUUGCGGGAAUCUUCACGGGGGUUGUCACAAUCUGGUAUUCGGCGGUCACUAUGAUGGUUAUUGUCAUGAUCUCCGGUUUAGGAUCCUGGCCUGCAUCCCAUGUAGUUGCUGCCGAAGCAUCAUCUCUGCAGCUUCGAGCGAAAAGCCAGGGUAUUGGCUGGUUUACCAGCGGUAUUGGCACCGCAGUGUUUGCCAUCAUUUUACCUUAUAUCUACAACUCCGACAAAGGAAAUCUCAAGGCAAAGACAGGUUUUGUCAUGGCAGGAUUCGCUGCCGUUGCCCUCGUUGCAGUGUGGUUGACUAUUCCAGAGAUGAAAGGUCGGACGGCAAUGGAGAUUGAUCGCAUGUUUGCCUUGAAGUUACGAACUCGGGCAUUCAAAGGUUGGCAUGGUGAUGCAACUCCGACGAGUGAGACAGAAGAAAAUUGUUCACCUUCGAAAGCAUGA